AACAAAAUGGCGUCAAGUUGACAAAUUUUUCCUCUCUAAACUUCAAGCAAUUUCGUGCCAUCGACGUGAAGUUGCAUCGAUUGAAUCCAUUUUGUAGAGAUGGAUCCUGGUGAAAUAGAGUUUCUUGCCGAGAAGGAGCAUGUCACAAUCUUACCCAACUUCACAGAGAAAAAGAUCUUUCUUAUAGGGGGUGACAUAGGGCCCUUCAAUGCCUCAUUACCSGUUGAUGUACCACUAUGGAUUGCAAUCAACCUUAAACAAAGAAAGAAGUGUAGAAUCCAAGCACCAGAUUGGAUGGAAAUAGAUAAACUAAAAGAGCUUAAGGAGGAAGAAACCAAAGAAGAAUAUUUCAUUCGCAUGCCAUCCAACUUCUACAUGGAAAUAGCAACCUUGUUACUWAACUGUGCAACUGAUGACAUUCCACAUGCUGAUGAAGUAAGAACGCUGAUAAAAGAUAUCUGGGAUAUCAGAAUUGCCAAACUAAGAAAGUCCAUUGAUUUGAUGAUCAGCCAACAAGCUGUGCAUGCCAGACUUGAUGAUUUAACACUAAUGGAGAUUAAUACAGUUCGCCUACUUCUUACCAAGUCUCUUGACCAUCUCCACACUCUCCGAUGCCAUGCAGCAGAGAACCCACCAACAGAGUCAUGACAGAUGACUACAGUAAAUGCAUCAAGGAAAGAUGUACUAACAGUAUACCAGCCAAAAUACAAGAGAAAAUUGGUGAAUAUCUCGACCACAGAAGACCCUUCUACAGAACUAUCUCUUUUUAUAAACAUAUUCUGUUUCAAAACUGUUCUGUCUUCAUGAGUUGUCAAAAGUACAUAAACAUAAUGUAUGGUUUUGUCCUUGUAUUGCAGAAUAUAAUAAUUUAAUUGACUUAUACUAUAUUGUAGCAUUGUGGAAUUGAUAAGAAAAAAAAACUACUGUAAAAAAGAGAUGUGAAAGUGGUUGCAUCUACUGACAGCAGAUUUCAUAUAACUGUGUGAUGUGCAAUGAUAYAGUUWUAGUWCAGGGCAUUGAUGACACCAUAUAAAUUAGAAUUUAGUUGAGAAAAGAUCACAGCCAAAACACACACCCAUAUGAAAACUGCYGUACUUUAAAUUAUAAAAUUUUCGAUAUAUAAAGCGCGCUUUGAUUGGCUGAUGACCGUGUUUAUAUCAGAGGACAGAGACACAGCUUACCGGCAAAAUUUGC